AUGCGUGCAUGUGGAGGGCAUGUCACAAGGAUUAGUCGCGUCUGGUUUUCAUUGUUGCUCUUUUCACUCAUCAAGAGACUCUUCGAUCCUCACCACCGAUCAUUAGAGGGUGGCCUGCCCAAGGUCGCAAAAGCUGCCGGAGUCGCAGAGAUCGGCAGCACGGACAAGGACGGCAAGACCAAGACGGAGCCACUAGAUUACGAAAAGGUGUACAACCAUAUCGCGACGCUCCUCGAGGACGAUCAGUAUGAUGAUGGCAGCUAUGGACCGGUCUUUGUCCGUCUGGCAUGGCACGCCUCCGGUACUUGGGAUGAGGCCGCCAAGAACGGAGGAUCGAGCAAGGGCACGAUGCGCUUCAAGUCCGAGUCGUCCGUGGGCGCAAACGCGGGGUUGGGCAUUGCGCGUGAGCGUCUGAACCGUGUCAAGGACCGCUUCCCAGAUAUCUCUUAUGGUGAUCUGUGGACCCUUGCCGGUGUCUGCGCCAUCCAGGAGAUGGGAGGACCGAUAAUCAAGUGGCGAUCGGGCCGUGUGGACGGUAUGGAGGAAGAUGCUGCCCCAGAUGGUCGUCUCCCAGACGGAGCACGCCCGGAUCCCAAGCACGCGCGCGAUGUGUUCUACAGGAUGGGAUUCAACGACCAAGAAAUCGUUGCGCUGUUGGGCGCGCACGCCUUGGGACGAUGCCACAAGGAUCGCUCUGGAUUCGAUGGACCAUGGACUGCGUCGCCAACGGUGUUCACGAACGCGUUCUUUACCGAGUUGUUGGGUCGCAAGUGGGUUGAGCGCAAGUGGGAUGGCCCGAAGCAGUUCCAAGAUAAGGAGUCACAGUCCUUGAUGAUGCUGCCUUCGGACAUGGCGCUGACGAAGGAUAAGGAGUUCAAGAAGUGGGUGGAGAUCUAUGCGAAGGACGAGAAGAAGUUCUUCGAAGACUUUUCGAAGGCGUGCACGAAGCUGUUUGAGCUCGGUUGCGAGUUUGAGAAGGACUCGAAGAUGUACGAGUUCAAGCCCUUGAACGCGUAG